UAUCUAACAAAAGGGUUUCUGCCAUUAAGAGCUUUCAAGAUGACCAGACUUACAAUCCUAGCAGGCUUGUGCCUGGUGAUGUGCCAUCUGGCAACAUCCUCAAAGAUGGUUUGUUACUUCACCAACUGGUCCCAGUACAGACCCGGGACGGGGAAGUACAUGCCCGCCAAUGUGGACCCUUUCCUUUGCACACACUUGAUCUACGCCUUUGCUAUGAUCAACCAUGCUAACGAGCUAGUCACCUAUGAGUGGAAUGAUGAGACCCUCUAUCAGGCCUUUAAUGCUUUGAAGCAGAGGAACCCACAUCUAAAGACUCUGCUGGCUGUUGGUGGGUGGAACUUUGGUUCAACCCAGUUCUCGAUCAUGGUUUCCAAUACUGCCAACCGCCAGAAGUUUAUCCAGUCGUCCAUCAGCUUCCUGAGGAUGUACGGCUUUGAUGGUCUGGACCUGGACUGGGAGUACCCGGGAUCACGCGGAAGCCCUCCUGAGGACAAGGAGAGGUUCACUGAGCUCUGCAAGGAGCUCAAGGCCGCCUAUAUUGCUGAAGCAAAAUCCACUAAAAACUCACAGCUGUUGUUCACAGCUGCAGUGUCUGCUGGCAAGGGAACCAUUGACGCAGGAUAUGAAAUCUCUGAGAUCGCAAAGUAUCUGGACUUCAUCAAUGUGAUGACCUACGACUUCCAUGGAACUUGGGAAAAGUUCACAGGACACAACAGCCCCCUGUACCGUGGCGCUCAUGACAAAGGAGACCUCAUCUACUUCAACACUGACUAUGCCAUGAAGUACUGGAGAGACAAAGGCACCCCAGUUGAGAAGCUGAACAUGGGUUUCGCUUCCUACGGCCGCACGUUCCGCCUGACAUCUACAGAAAGUGGUGUGGGAGCCCCAGCAAGUGGUCCGGCCUCCGCUGGGCCCUACACACGCGAAGCUGGCUUCUGGUCUUAUUACGAGAUCUGCAGCUUCCUGAAAGACACAAAGAUACAGUGGAUUGAAGAUCAAAAGGUUCCCUAUGCUACUAAGGGCAACGAGUGGGUAGGAUUUGACACCAAGGAGAGUUAUGAAAUCAAGGUUCGCUACAUGAACGACAACAAGUUUGGAGGUGCCUUCGUUUGGGCUCUGGAUCUGGACGACUUCGCUGGGCAGUUCUGUGGAGAUGACAACCACCCUCUCCUUGGUCACCUCCACACCCUCCUGGACAUUGAGCUGCCCCCACUGCCUCCCACCACCACCCCCAAGCCUGGUGCUAGCACCACCCGACCAACCACCACUUCCACCACCACCACCCACGCCCCAGGAUCGGGAUUCUGCAAUGGCAAACCCGACGGCCUGUAUGCCCACCCAGAUGACGCCAGUAGCUUCUACAUGUGCGCCGGAGGCAUCACCCACAUCAGGCCCUGCGGAACUGGCUCUGUUUUCGACGACAGCUGCAAAUGCUGUGUUUGGCCCUGAGCACAACAGAAGGGAUGGCUGAUUGCUGCUACAGCUAGUGUUGAUGAUGUUUAUAAUCUUUCAUUAGCAAACCAUGUAAACAUCACCAUUGAUAGCUAUUUUUGACCAAUGUCAACUCCAGUGCUAACGGUUCUGGUAAAAAUAAAGUCCUGCUUGAGAAGAA